CUUUCCGUAUCCUCGCGAUACAAACAGCGUUGCUUGCACCUCACAGCUACAAUCUUGUUUACAGGAUUAACGAAUGCCUGGCAAAAAACGAAUUCGCAAGCCGAAGCAUCGGCAGUCGCUUCAUGAACAAAUAGAGGACCCAGAGACAUAUGGCGUUCGGACAAAACCACGCGCGGAGAAGAAGCGCCGGCGAGCCGAUGAGGAUGAAGGAGAAGAGCUGCUGGACGUGAAGCUGAGUGGCCGCAUCCUCAAGGCCGCGCGCGAGCAGCAGCAGGAGCUGGACGCCGAGGAGCUGUUCGACCUGGACCACGAGGGAGACGAGGAGGACGAGGAGGAGGCGGCGGCGGGCGAAGGGCAGGCGGCGGCGGGGGGCGGCAAGAAGCGGAUGGACGCGCAGGCUGCGCUGCGCGCCGCCAUGCAGCGGCUGGGCGAGAAGGGGCGCGGCGGGUCGGGUCCGGCGGGCGGGCGGGACGACUCGGACGACGAGGCGGACAGCGAGGAGGGCGGCGCGGGGCUGGACGGCGACUACGAGCUGGAGGAGGUGGAGAUGGACGCUGACGACGAGCGCGCGCUGGCGGCCUUCAUGGCGCCCGGUGCGGAGGGCCACGUGCAGACCAGCCUGGCCGACCUCAUCAUGGCGCGGCUGAGGGAGCGGCAGGCGGAGCAGGGGCUGGCGCAGCUGCCGGAGGGCGAGGACGACGAGGAGGCGGGUCCGGGCCCCGUGCCUGACGGCCUGGAGCCGCGCGUGAUUGAGGUGUACCGGGGCGUGGGCAAGCUGCUCAGCCGCUACAGCACCGGCAAGAUACCCAAGGCCUUCAAGAUCAUCCCCAACCUGCGCAACUGGGAGGACGUGCUCUACCUCACUGAACCAGAGUCCUGGUCCGUGCACGCCGUGUACCAGGCCACGCGGCUGUUCGUGUCCAACCUGAACGCGCGCCUGGCGCAGCGCUUCCUGGCGCUGGUGCUGCUGCCGCGCGUGCGCUACGAGAUCCGCAGCACCAAGAAGCUGCACUUUGCGCUGUUCCAGGCGCUGCGCAAGGCCACCUACAAGCCCGGGGCCUUCUACAAGGGCCUGCUGCUGCCGCUGUGCCAGUCUCGCACGUGCAGUGUGCGCGAGGCGGUCAUCUUCAGCUCGGUGCUGAAGAAGGCGUCGCUGCCGGUGCUGCACAGCGCUGCGGCGCUGCUGCGCCUGGCCACGCUCGAGUACUGCGGCACCACCUCGUUCUUCAUGACCGUGCUGCUCAACAAGAAGUACGCACUGCCCUACCGCGUCAUCGACUCGCUGGUGGACCACUUUGUUCGCUUCGCGGACGACGAGCGGCAGUGCCCCGUGGUGUGGCACCAGGCGCUGCUCACGUUCGUGCAGCGCUACAAACACGAGAUCCGGCCCGUGGACCUGCGCUCACUGCGCGCGCUGUGCGCCAAGCAGAACCACUACAAGAUGACGCCCGAGGUGCUGCGCGAGCUGGACCACGCGCUGGGCCGCGGCAACAGCGUGGCGGCGGGCGCGGCGGGCGGCGCGGCGCCCAUGGCCCUGGGCGGCGGCCCCGGCGGCGUGGCGCAGGCGGCGGACGGCCCCGGCGCGGCGGCGGCGGCGGCGGCGGCUGCGCAGCUGGCGGGCGCCAAGGGGCGUGUGGGCAGCAAGGUGGUUGAGAACGUGCGCGACAUGCCGCCGGUGCUCAUGAUGGAGGACUGAGAGGGGGCUGAGGGCCUGUGAGGGCUUGUGAGGGCUGUGUGGCGGGACUGCUGGUGGUGGCGGGGUCUCCGACCCGUGUGAUAAGGUGUGGGGGCACCUGGAGGGGAGUGCGGCAGGGGUGGUGGGCGGGAUGUGACCAGGGGGUGACCGACUUGGCAGGUGGCAGGACGACAGGUUUGACCAGGCAGACACUGAAGGGAUCCAUAGCGCAGAAUUGACAGGAUGAUUGCUAAACACUUAAAGAAGCAUGGCUAGGGUGCGACGCAAGACCGGACAGCAUGCUUCUGCGAGAGACAGAGGCAGCGCAUGCCGCACAUGGGUUUUUGUCAGUGGUGAUGGGGUCGAUUGCAUUGUGGCGGCAGCUAUAGCCUGCGCGGUGUAACAUGAGUGUUGCGGUGGGCCGUUGGCGGUGUGCCGGCCUUCACCACUUCAUGCGGGUGGCCGGUGGGCUGGCGGUUUCGUGUACCUGGGCUGCCAGGCGCCAGCUGUAAUUAUGUGGGACCGGAUUCGAUGGAUGUGUUAUUGCAGUAAAUAGGCACAAGGAUGUGGUUCAACGCUCUGGAGCCAAUAGCGAUGGGCAAAGACGAGGGAAUCGGCUGGCCGUGCCUGCGGCACGAACUGGCACAUGCGCACCCCGUAUACACACCU